UCUACUCUGUAGUAAAUUAACUAUACUAAUGUUAUAAACAAAAAUAAAUUUCGAUUUAUAAAUGAUUGUUCAAGACCAAUUUUGCUGAUCCAGUUAUAUUUUAUGAAUUCCACAAUAUGCAGACUGAUAAAAAAAUUAAACUGGACUUAAAUGAGAACAUUUUAGAAUAUUUGCCAUUGGAGAUUUUAUUAAAAAUUUGUUCGUAUCUAAAUGGGGAAGACAUCAAAAACUUGAAACUUACAUGUAAACAUUGGAAUGAAAUCACAGAAAUUCCUCAAGUUGCUGGAAGAUUACGGUUGAAAUUAGUUCUAAUAACUUCAAAGUCUACUAGAGAAAAAGUCAAUUUUUUUCAAAAUAGUAACCAAAAAUUUUAUGAUAUUUCUUUGCAAAGAUGUAAUGUAGAUCUUUUGGCAUCUUUGUUUAAAAUUAUAGGGAAAGAAACUAAAAUUUUAACUAUAGAAGAUUGUCAUUUUUAUUCAGAUGAUGUACUCAAAGAUAUUUUAAACAGUACCAGAAAUAUUGAAAUACUUAGAAUAUUACAUUGCUCGUUUAAUCAAUGCGUAAUCCCUAAAUACGAUAAAGUAUUUGAAAACAUAAAAGUAUUGGAAAUUUUGAACAAGCCCGUUACGAAAACGAAGUAUGGGGAGGUAAUUAAUAUUAUCCAUAAUAUUGGAGAAACUAAUUUAAGUUGUUUUACAAUGAAUUACAUUUAUAAAAUUUUUCGGGAAGGAAAUCCGUCUAAAAUAAGGGAAUUUUCACAAAUGGUUCUCAAAAAUCAUGAAAAUUUGAAAGAACUCAAUUUGCUAGAUUGUUGUUUUGUUGAAGAAAAAUUUGGAGUAUAUUUUUGGGAAUGUUUAAUGAAAUGCAAAUUGGAAAAAUUUUCUGCGAGCCAUGUACCGCCAAACGCGGAUUCGGAAAAAUUUAUGAAAUUUUUAAUAUCACAAAAAAAUUUAAGAUAUUUAAAAUUAGUUAACAUACGAUCUUUAACGGACGACAUGAUGGAGACCCUUGUUAGCAAUUUAAGUGAUUUACGUGAAAUUGAACUGUUAAAUUGCGUUAAUUUAACUGAUAAGGGUGUUCUUUACUUGAAAAAAUUAAAGGAGUUGAAUUCGCUCAAUAUUACUUACCACAUUGCAUAUGAAAUUUUGGAGAAUAUAACAAUCACAUCUAUUUUAAAUGGUAUUGCUCAAGAAAAAAAUCAUAAAUUAACGGAAUUGUCUUUGUGCAACAUUAAAAUGACCGUCGAUCAAUUAUGUCAAGUAAUUAAAAAUUUACCGAGUCUUAAAAAGUUAAAGUGUGAAUCGGUUAAAAUGAUGGUGCAAAACGAAGCAUUAGAGGUUUCGAAAAUACUUUCAAAUAAUAUGUUUCUUUCAAAUUUGUCUUUUGUUAACUACAAAACAAACAAAGAGGAGGUGAAUAUUUGCCAAAAUAAUAGGAAUAUUGAAAAUCGAAUCUUAAAUACUUUGGAAGUAUCUUAUUCAGAAAGUUGUAGAAAUAUACUAAGGGCCAUAAAAUUGCCGAAUUUAAGAACUUUGAAAGUAUUUUAUCAUGAUGACAGACGACAAAAAGAUAAUGGGAAGGAUUUUGUGAAAGCUUUGUAUAACAGUUCUCCAGCUCUUGAACAUAUAUCUCUUACAGUAAUGUCAGACAUCGAUACCAUACUAGAUUUUAUAUUCACUUCCUUCAAAAAAUUAAAAAGUAUACAAUUUGAUUGGCACUGCGGAGACUGUCGUCUUUACAAGCGUAUACAUGUUAAAACAAAUCAGCGACUUCAUCCUUUACUUAGAAAAUCACCAAGCGGUAACUUUCAAUUUGAUGAAACUUGUGAGCGGUGUAAUAACCUAUUUUCCAAGUUAUACUGAAAAUACUGAAAUACUGAACCUGAUUUUAUUCAAAACACACUAUUUUGUAAAAUUUUCAUAAUUUUAAAUUUAUUCCUGAAAACAACGAUCGCGCUUUAAUAUUUAUUUGAAGUAAUAAAAAUAUAAUAAUUUAUUUAUUUUUAUAUUCUAUUUUCUGGACUUUGUGUAUUCUAUUACCAUGGAGGGAUGAUAUAAGUUACAGUAUGUAUAUUUUUUUGCAUUUUUUUGUUCAGUAAAACAAAAGGAUCAUUUAACAAUUUAAAAAUUAUAUCUGGAUAUUAAAACAAAUUUCUUAUAUAAUGUGCACAUAUGUGCUCAAUAAAAACGAAUCUGUAAAUUUUUAAAA